GGGGUUCAGCUCCGAAACAUGUAGUCACCCCUUCGCACCGCUCGUAGGAGAUACUUUCACGCUUGAUUGCCAUUGCUGAUCUACCACACUGCCAAAUAUGGCUUCUCUCACCUCCACACUAAUGCGUCGUGACAGCCCCCUCAUACUCGGCCUGAAGAGCUUCACAGUCGGCACCACGCUCUUCCUCGCCGGCAGCAUGGCCACCGUUUCAUUCCAACUCAUACCAGGCCUUAUCCUCGCCACGCAACAACGGAACAAGCUCUCAUCAAAUACAGAGACCGGACGCUUAACCCCAAACCCAACUUCUGACUCCAAUAAGCAGCUCCACCUCGGGCCUCAAGCAGUCUUGACCGGCUCAGUUGCGCCCGCGGCGCUGCAUGCCGAUAGCGGCUAUAAAGUCGCCGCGAUUCAAUUCGUGCUCAUGUCCAAAACGGCUUUCGCAACCCAAGUCCCGCCCGAGCUACUAACAAUCAUAGCGUCCGGCUUUCUGACAUACCACUACCGCGCCGCGAAGCUACCAGCGAGCAUUUGGGCAAAGUGGGCCGCAGUUGCGGGGUUGGUGACCGCCAUCUUCCCGCUGACGGGUGGGUUCAUGGUACCGAUUGAUCAUAAGAUCGCGCGGAUAGCGGGCGAGGAGGCUCAAGUGGAACCUUACGAGGAUGCGCCGCCGGACAGGGAAGCGGAGAGGAGUAAUGCGGAGGCGUUCUUAAGGCAGUGGGGGUUAUUGAAUAGUGUGAGGGCAGUUGUGAUGGUGGCGGCUGGUGGAGUUGGGCUCUGGGCCUUGUUGGAGUAGAAGGUGAAUGCGCGGGACAGGAGCUCGACAGUCUGGCAGCCUACCAUGUCUUUCGCUGCGUUAGCCGCGACUAGCCUCAGCAACGCCCAGCAUCUGUGGUGAAGCACAAGCUGCGAUCGAGGGAUGAAUCAAGCGUCGCAAUACAGCCAUGGCCGAGAUGAACGCCUGCAACUCAAGCUGCGCAUGGUUCAUGGACAUAGUGGUAGGGCCCGUCAGAGACCCCUCAUGCUACGACUUCCUCAGCAUAGACUGGUUCACGCCUCGGCAGCUGCUACGGUAGGCGCGACGACUUGGUCCCAGUGGGAAGUGGGUACGAUUCCGCUGCUGCUUUCCUCA